UCAGAAGGCGCGCCCGUCCGAAGUUGGUCGGAGUUCUGCGGGCGGCGGUCCUAACCCCUUGGAGCUCAUGGUGCGCCGCGGUUGCGCGUUGUUGAGAAAGUAUGGAAAUUUCAUUGAUAACCUGAGAAUCUUCACCAAGGGAGGAAGCGGUGGAAUGGGUUACCCUCGUUUAGGUGGAGAAGGUGGAAGAGGUGGCGACGUCUGGGUUGUGGCCCAUAAAAAUAUGACCUUAAAACAACUUAAAAACAAAUAUCCUCAGAAACGGUUUGUGGCUGGAAGAGGAGCAAACAGUCGAGUUAGUGCACUGAAGGGCUCCAAGGGAAAGGACUGUGAAGUGCCUGCUCCUGUGGGUAUCUCAGUGACUGAUGAAAACGGCCAAGUGCUAGGAGAACUCAAUAAAGAAGAAGACAGAAUUCUGGUUGCUAAAGGUGGCCUUGGUGGUAAAUUACAUACAAAUUUCUUACCUUCAAAAGGCCAGAAGCGAAUAAUUCACCUUGACUUAAAAGUUAUAGCUGAUGUAGGCCUAGUAGGAUUCCCAAAUGCUGGAAAAUCCUCCUUACUAAGUCGGGUUUCCCAUGCAACGCCUGUGAUUGCAGAUUAUGCCUUUACAACACUAAGGCCUGAACUUGGAAAGAUUAUGUACAAUGAUUUCAAACAGAUUUCAGUAGCUGAUCUCCCAGGUUUGAUAGAAGGAGCACAUAUGAACAAAGGCAUGGGCCACAAGUUUCUCAAGCAUUUAGAGAGAACCAGACAACUGCUUUUUGUUGUUGAUAUUUCUGGAUUUCAGCUUUCUUCCGUAACUCCAUAUAGGACUGCCUUUGAAACUAUAAUACUUCUUACAAAAGAGUUGGAGUUGUACAAAGAAGAACUACAGACAAAACCUGCGCUCUUAGCAGUUAAUAAGAUGGACUUGCCAGAUGCCCGAGUUAAACUUCACGAACUGAUGAAACAGCUCCAGAGCCCUGAAGAUUUUCUGCAUUUAUUUGAAACAAAGAUGAUUCCAGAGAAGGCUAUAGAAUUCCAGCAUAUCAUUCCCAUCUCAGCAGUUACUGGUGAAGGGAUUGGAGAGUUGAAGAGCUGUAUAAGGAAAGCACUGGAUGAACAGGAUGACAAAGAAAAUGAUGCGCAUCAGAGCAAACAGUUACUUAAUUUGCAGAGUUCCAGUUGAGCAUCUUAGACUGAGCCACAUCAAAGUGUGCUGCUACUGUCUCCAGAAGAGGCAGCAUUUAAACCUAGUACAGUGUAUUGACAGAAUACUGUCUGGUUCUAAGGAUCAGAAAAUCAUGUUUAAAACAUGGAUGAGCCUGCAGUGCAUGAUGUUCAAAGAAGCCAGGCAGGCACAGCAAGACAAAUAUCAAUCAUCUCCUCAUGUGGAAUCCUAAAAAGACAAAUCUGAACUAAUAAAAAUGCUGAAAAAUGAUAAUUAUGUGUAGUAUAAAUAGGAGCUAGAAGAUUAAGAGAUAUUGGUGAAAAGAUACUAAGUUUCAGUUAAGCUUUACAGAUCUGUUAUGUACCUUGUUUGUAGAAUAAUGUAUCAUAUUUUGAAAAUUUGUAAGAAAGUAGGUUUUAAGUGUUCUGACCACAAUUUUUGAGAAAAAUAUAAAUUUUAAAAUAGAUUUGACUCUGUUUCAAAACAUGCUAUGUAUGAUAUAGGCACAUGUAUAAUUUUAUAUCAGUUAAAAAUAGUAUUGAAAUUACAUUAAUUUGAAAGCUUUUCUUCAUUUUAAAGAUAGUAUUUCUCGACAUAUGUGUCAUCAUUCUGGAAAAUAAAUGUUUAUCUUUCUUUCCUUCUUCUGGCUUAGCUCAGCAAGAUGGUUCACUUUUUUUUGCCUAAAGUGUACAGAAGGCCCAGGCUAGCAAGCACACAGAGUAGCAGGGCUCUUAUAUUUCAUUCCUGAUGUGGGUGGUGACUGGGUCCUAUCCCUUUGGUGGGAGCUUGACCUCACAGUCUGACUAAUGGAUAAUUGGGUUAGAGUCCUCACUGGCUAACCUACUUUGCUUUUCAAGUUUCUUACAACUACCCCCCCCCCUGCCUUUAUUACAUUAUUUUUCAAAUUUAAGCAGUUUAUGUUGGCCAUUUGAAGAAUAAAUUAUAUAAUCUGUGGGGACGCCUCCCUUCCAAGAAUAAGGGUUUUAUUAAUUCCUGCUUAAAGUAUUUAAAAAAAAUACUUAAACAGAGACUUUUUUUCCUUUAGGUGAAAUGUGAAAUGUACAUGCUUACUUCUAAAAAAUACAUUCAGGCAGUGUCCAGGAGCGUGAGGCAGCAGACCUUAAUUGAGAAAGUUACAGUCAACGGCUUAAGGUUUUAUGGAAAAAUUGUACAUUUUUUCACAAAUGAGUUCACCGUAAUUUUCUCUAAUUUUUUUCUUUUUUGCAAAUUUUCUUUUUUCUUUUUGUGGGCCUCUUCCCACUUGGGAAGGAGAAGCAAGGGAUUUUGAGUAAAAAGCCCCUUUUGGGUGACAUAGCAGGUGGUAGGUUGCUCUGGAUUUCAUAAUAGAACCAGGUUUAAAAAUACUGUUUUUUAACAGUAUGUGUAUUUUAUUAUUGUAUGUGGUUUGUUGUUUUGUCCUCAAGUAAGUCUGUGUACCAUGUGACCAUGUGAAUGAAGUGCCCGUGGCAGCCAGAAGAGGGGGUCAGGUAUCCUAGAACUGAAGUUCUCUACAGUGGGAGGCCACCAUGCAAGUGCAGGAAAUUAGACCCAGGUCCUCUGCAAGAGCAGCCAGGGUCCUUAACCGCUGAGCCUUCU